AUCUCACCAUCUCACCAUCUCACCCAUGAGGCUCUUUCAAUACGCCCUCAUCAUCGCCGAAACAUACGUGGAUGUGAUUUAUCGUACUGGGUAUAUACAUUCAUGCAGAUGAAAGGCAGUCAUACACACAGAAGAUAGACAGACAUGCACAGAGGCAGCCAGACGUAUACACAUAUAUACACAUACAUACAUGCGUUCAUGCAUACUCGAACUGGGUUCUUGACGCACAAUACUCGACUCUCGAGUCGAUUCUUCACACCUGAGACUUGACCGACCCUCAAUACACCACGCGCAAGGCUGCGUCAAGGCCAAGCUAGAACUGCCAGUGCUACCCAUUGAUCGCUGAUCGUUGAUUCUCCACACCGGAUCGCCACAGACAGGUGCGUCAUCAGCCCUGCGACAGAAAGACUCUACAGUACUACUAAGUUAACUAUGCAGACCGGGUGGCUGGUGAUAGGCCGAUUGGGUGAUUGGGUGAGUUGAGGUUUCCUUGAGUGGAUAGAGGAGAACUGACCAAGAGCGCCCAGGCAUCGAGUACGACCAGUACAUGGGCUCUUCCCGGUUCCCUGGAGGGGCCAGCUGAUGACUUGCACCGCAUCGGCUGUGGAUGUGGACUCUCCAUUGUUUGGAUGGAUUGAUUAUUCACCCGAGCACACUGCGCAGGGCAGUGGAGUACUACUACUGGUGCUGACGGCGGCGUUUUGUUUCGUCGUCCAUACUCUCCCUCUGUCAUUCAUACAUAUCUUCAUCUUCACCUCCAGCUCCAGCUCGUCUUCACCAUCCGCAUUGCUGUGAACGAAGACGGCGGUGCCGUUGUGCCUUACGUUGCUUCACCCACUGCCUUGCUGACAUCUUCUUCGGUCUACUAUCUCACUGCAUCACUGUUCCAGCCCUCUCCGAAUCAAGUCUCACAGCUCCUCGCCAAAUCGCCACAUCCUUGUCUAUCUCUCACUACACCCCGCCAUUCCUUCCCACACCAAAAGAAAGGCGAGGACAGAGGACCAAGGACGGACAGACAGAGACCCAGCCAAGUCUAUCCGACCAGCCAUGCCUGAGAUUGUGCGCACGCGCUCGCGCUACCGCGACGACGACUACUCCGACGACGAGCGCUCCUACAAGACAACCGUGCAUCGCUAUCGCGUCGCACGCUCUCCCUCCCCGCAAUCCGACUACGAGCGCCCGCGCAUCGAAGUCACCCACGACACGCGCGUCGAGCGCUUCGAGUACGCACCGCGCUCCCAUGACUACGAGCGCGAGCGCGAAUCCAACCACGGGCGGAACGAGCCGGCGCGUAGCCGGACACUGGUGUAUGAGCGCGAGCGGGAGCGGGAACGUGAACAGCCCCUCCGACUGUGGGAGCGCGAACAGACCUGGGAGAGAGAGGAGGAUGUGCGCAUCAUUGAGCGCAGCGGUGGGCCGGGCUACGAUCUCGUCACCCGCGAAACCGAGUACUACGGACGACCCGAUCCUGUGGCAGCUCCACUGGUGAUUAGACACAAGCGGCCCGAGGCCCCUCCCGCACCGCAGCCAGUCGUGGUCCACCGCGAGCGCGAGCGCGAACCGCGCAGAGAGGAAGACGUCUACUAUCGCCGGCACGAGGUCCGUGACACCGGCCGUCCAGAAGAAGACUACGUCUCCGAGCGCAAGGUGAUCCGCCGCCGCGGCUCCGACAGCUCCGGCGAGUGGAGCAACGAAGAGAAAGUCGUCCGCCGCACCACCCGCCGCUCCCGCUCCCGUUCCCACAGCCCGCACCAUAAGCUGCGCCUCGCUGAGGGCGCCGCUGCUGGCGCCGCUGCCGCAGCACUCAUCUCGCGCCGGCGAUCCAAAUCCGGCGUCCGCCAGAACAAAGGCGCGAACCUCGCUUCCGGCGCUGCCCUCGGCGCUAUCGGUGCCCAGCUCGCAACACGCGCGUACAGCCACUACGGACACCGCCGGCAGUCGCGCUCAUACUCGCGCCAUCGCCGCUCGCCCAGCCCAGAGCACUCGAAACUUAAAAUGGGCCUCGGUGCCGCAGCGCUAAGCGUCGCUGCCCUCGCGGCAGGUAAAUACCUCAAAGACCGCCACGAUACCACGCGCGCAGAGGAAGGCCGCGGCCGCAGCCGCACGCGCAGCCGCAGCCGCGCAGGCCGCGCAGCGAGCGAGGGCCGUCACUCCGAUCCGAAGAAUCGGCGGCAGAGCAUUGCGAAGGCCGGAGCGGCGGGGGCAGCAGCGCUAGCGAUCGUGCAGGCUGUGCGCGCGCGCUCUAAAUCCCGCAAGGGCGAGCGGACGAGGAGUAAAUCCCGGGUCCGGACGGGAGCGGAGCUCGCGGCUGCGGGACUGGCGACAGCAGCAGCCGCGGGGUUGUAUGAGCGCCGCAAGGCGAAGCAGGAGGGCGAGAGAGGCGUAUCGAGCCUGAGCCGUAGUAAGAGUCGUAGCCGCAGCCGCGGCGGUAGGAGGUAUGAUGAUGAUUACGAGCGCCCCGGGUUGGUGGAGUACGGCGCGCAGCCGCUGCACAGCCGCGGGCUAGAGAGAGGGGGUUUGAGUCGAAGCCUGAGCCGAAGCAGGAGUCGAAGCAGGAGUAAGAGUCGCACGAGGGAUGUCUUGGGUGGGGCGGCGGCGGCGACGGCUGCGGCGGUGGGGGUGAGGAAGUAUAAGGCGAGGAGGAAGAGGAGGGAGGAGGAGGCUGCGAGGGAGAGACGUUACUCAUCGGGCUCCUACCCCUCCUCCCACCGCUCAGCCGACUACUCCCCCUCCCCCCCCCACGCCUCCGGCGGCGCCUACUACCCCAACCACUCCACCCAACCUCCCUCCCACCCCUACCCCGACGCGCACCCAUACCCAGACGCAAACCACGGCGCACACCCCGACCCCAACGCCCCAACCGCCUUCCCACCACCUCCUGUCCCGCCAUCGGGCGCGUACCAUGCCCCGCCGAUGGGGGGGUAUGAGGCGCAUUCAGCGCAUUCAGGGCCGGCGCCGGGGGGGCCGGCGGGGCCGGGUCAUGUGAAUCCGGAUUAUUAUGGGGAGACGGCGGGGGAUGCGGGGGAGAGGGUUGAGAGGGUUUAA